UUCAGAUCAUCGCCGGAUAAAGAAGACCAGCACUUGUCUCUCCAUUUACUCACUUCUCUGUCCUUUCUCACAAUCCUCCUCAUGCCCUCCUCCUCGUCUCUCCUCCGGACCGCCUGUGCCCUAGGUCUGGCUACCGGAGCGUCCGCCUUCUCCUACCCCGCCGCCAUCCCCCAGUCCACCCAAGAGAAGCAGUUCUCUCAAGAGUUCCGCGAUGGCUACAGCAUCCUGAAGCACUACGGCGGCAACGGCCCCUACUCGGAGCGAGAAUCCCACGGCAUCGCCCGGGACCCGCCCACUGGCUGCGCCGUCGACCAAGUCAUCAUGGUCAAGCGACACGGCGAGCGAUACCCUUCUCCCAGCGCCGGCGCGGGCAUCGAGGCCACCCUGGACAAGGUGUACUCGGCCAACAUCUCGGAGUGGAAGGGAGAUCUCGCCUUCCUGCAGGACUGGGCCUACUACGUGCCCAACGAAUGCUACUACAACGCCGAGACGAGCAGCGGGCCGUACGCGGGCCUGCUAGACGCAUACACCCACGGCAACGAGUACCGGGCCCGCUACGGCCACCUCUGGGAUGGCGAGUCGGUGCAGCCCUUCUGGAGCAGUGGCUACAGCCGCGUCAUCAACACCGCCCGCAAGUUCGGCGAGGGAUUCUUCGGCUACAACUACUCCACCAACGCCGCCCUCAACAUCAUCUCCGAGUCCGAGACCCUGGGCGCCGAUAGCCUCACCCCCAGCUGCGACGUCGACAACGACGACUCGGUCUGCAAUAACCUCGUCUACGCGAUGCCGCAGUUCAAGGUGGCAGCUGCGCGACUGAAUGCGCAGAACCCGGGCCUGAGCCUCAACGAGACGGAUGUCUACCAUUUGAUGACCAUGGCAUCCUUCGAGCUCAACGCCCGUCCCUACUCCGACUGGAUCAAUGCCUUUACCCAAGACGAAUGGGUCAGUUUCGGGUACCUCGCAGACCUAGACUACUAUUACUGCGCUGGACCCGGCGACAAGAACAUGGCUGCCGUAGGAGCCGUCUACGUCAACGCCAGUCUGACGCUGCUGAACCAAGGCCCGGAGGAAGCCGGCUCCCUCUUCUUCAACUUCGCCCACGACACCAACAUCACCCCCAUCCUCGCCGCACUAGGCGUGCUCAUCCCCGACGCCGACCUCCCCCUCGACCACAUCCCCUUCGGCAACCCGUACAGCAUCGGCAACAUCAUACCGAUGGGCGGCCACCUGACCAUCGAGCGGCUCAGCUGCAACGCGACCGCCGCGACGGAGGAGGACACCUACGUGCGCCUGGUGCUGAACGAGGCCGUCCUCCCGUUCAACGACUGCCAGUCCGGGCCGGGGUACACGUGCUCGCUGGCCAACUUCACCUCGAUCCUGAGCGAAAGUCUGCCGGACUACGCGUCGACGUGCCAGGUGCCCAGCUCGUACCCGCAGUACCUGGAUUUCUGGUGGAACUACAACACGACCACGGGGUUGAACUACCGGACGACGCCGAUCGGGUGUCAGGAGGGGGAGAGUUUGGAGUAGACUAUGG